AUGUUGACCAAUUUACCCCGUGAUGCCCACCAGGCACUCGCCGACGUGGAGAGUAUUGAUUCGGGGAAAGUCACUGUUCGCUUCCAACCUCUCCCGUCAGCACCUAUUUUGAAAAAUCGGGUGUUCAAGGUUAGCGCUUCGCAGAAAUUCGAAACGGUUGUCAAGUUCCUGCGCAAGAAACUGGACUGUAAAGAUACCGAUUCUGUCUUUUGUUAUGUUAACAGCGUGUUUGCGCCCGGGUUAGAUGAAGGCAUGGGCGGACUAUGGAGGUGUUUCAAGACGGACGAUCAAUUGAUUGUCGCUUAUUCAAUGACCCCAGCAUUCGGCUGA